AUGAAAGUCCAAUCAUUUGCGUUCGAGCUGGCUGUUCCAGGCUAUGACGGCUGGUACCCCCACGCGGUAGACUGCUUCGGUAACUGUUUCGGUACGCUUGGGACCAUCCCUUGCUGCAUCUGCUGCCCUAAUCCGUACAAGUCGGUCCUGCAGGGUAACGUCGGGUUGAUCACCAAGUUCGGGAAGUUGUACAAGGCUGUUGAUCCGGGUUUGGUCAAGGUCAACAUCUUGAGUGAGAAGCUCAAGUCCGUGAGUGUGAUGCUCACCACCGCUGAGGUCUCGCAGCAAAACUGUAUGACCAAAGACAACGUCAAUGUCUACUUAACCUCGGUGAUCUACUACCAGGUGAUCCAGCCGGAGGUGGCUACGUUUGCGGUGCAAGACGUCAGAAGCGCCUUGGUAGAGAGGACGCACACCACUUUAAGAGACGUCAUCGGGUCCCGCCAAUUGCAGGACGUGAUUGAGAGAAGAGAGGAGAUUGCCGAGGCGAUUUCCGAGAUUAUCGGCGAAACCGUGGCCGCCUGGGGUAUCCACGUGGAAAGUAUCUUGAUCAAGGAUUUGGCGUUGGACUCAACCGUUUCUAAGUCAUUGUCCAUGGCUGCCGAGGCCAAGAGAAUCGGUGAGUCCAAGAUCAUCACCGCCAAGGCCGAAGUGGAAAGUGCCAAGUUGAUGAGAAAGGCUGCUGAUAUUUUGGCCUCCAAGGCUGCCAUGCAGAUCAGAUACUUGGACGCCAUGCAGCAGAUGGCCAAGACCGCAAACUCCAAGGUUAUCUUCACUCCGACACAGGAAUCGUUUGACAAUAUGACUGAGAAGUUCGAGAAUGAGUACAACCAGGGCCAGAUCACUAACCAGCCGGAGGGCUCCUCUGCUGGCCACCUGAAGAAGCAGAACUCUGGCAGAGAUGCUUUCUCAACCAAGGAUAUGUUGACCAACAUUGCCGUCCAGGAAAGCUAUAACUCGGAUAUUGUUUAA